AUCUCUUCUUUUCAUCAUUUUGAAUAAUUGUCACUCACUCAAUUUGGUUUCUUGUUUUGCUCUCUAGAUCUCUCUUUUCUCUCUUCUUUCCAUCUCCAGCAAUGGGAGCUUGUUUAACACUCUCGUUCUCUUGUGAUGAAGUUGUGAAUCAAAUCUCUCAAGGUUUAUGCAUCAACGUGGGUUAUAUUUGCGAGCUCUCCAAGAAUGUAGUGGCUAUGAAGAAAGACAUGGAAGUGCUGAAGAAAAAGCGAGAUGAUGUGAAAAGAAGGGUAGAUAUAGAAGAGUUCACAAGGCGUCGUGAAAGGCUUUCUCAAGUCCAAGGAUGGCUUACGAAUGUCUCGACCGUCGAGAAUAAAUUCAAUGAACUGCUUACCACUAAUGACGCUGAGCUUCAAAGGUUGUGUCUCUUUGGAUUUUGCUCUAAAAAUGUGAAAAUGAGCUAUCUUUAUGGGAAAAGGGUUGUCCUGAUGUUGAAGGAGAUUGAGAGUCUUAGUUCUCAAGGAGAUUUUGAUACUGUGACUUUAGCCACUCCAAUAGCUAGGAUUGAAGAGAUGCCUAUUCAACCUACAAUCGUAGGUCAGGAAACAAUGCUCGAAAGGGUAUGGACCCGUCUCACAGAAGACGGAGACGAGAUUGUGGGUCUUUAUGGCAUGGGUGGAGUAGGCAAAACCACCCUUCUCACACGAAUCAACAACAAGUUUUCUGAAAAAUGUAGCGGGUUUGGGGUUGUGAUAUGGGUGGUGGUGUCUAAGAGUCCAGAUAUCCAUAGGAUUCAAGGAGACAUCGGGAAGAGACUAGACCUUGGAGGCGAAGAGUGGGAUAAUGUAAAUGAAAACCAGAGAGCCCUUGACAUAUACAAUGUCCUUGGGAAACAAAAAUUUGUGUUGUUGUUGGAUGAUAUAUGGGAGAAAGUGAAUUUAGAAGUGCUUGGAGUCCCUUAUCCAAGCAGACAAAAUGGAUGCAAAGUAGUAUUCACCACUCGUUCUAGAGAUGUUUGUGGGCGUAUGCGGGUUGAUGACCCGAUGGAAGUCAGUUGCCUAGAACCCAACGAAGCCUGGGAAUUGUUCCAAAUGAAAGUUGGAGAAAACACAUUGAAAGGCCAUCCAGACAUUCCUGAACUUGCAAGAAAAGUUGCUGGAAAAUGUUGUGGCCUACCAUUGGCACUUAAUGUCAUUGGCGAGACCAUGGCAUGCAAAAGGAUGGUACAAGAAUGGCGUAACGCAAUUGACGUUUUGAGCUCAUAUGCUGCAGAAUUCCCUGGUAUGGAACAAAUUCUUCCUAUUCUAAAGUAUAGCUAUGAUAAUUUAAACAAGGAGCAGGUGAAACCAUGUUUCCUAUAUUGCUCUCUGUUUCCUGAAGAUUAUCGUAUGGAAAAAGAGAGGUUGAUAGACUAUUGGAUAUGUGAGGGAUUCAUAGAUGAAAAUGAAAGUAGAGAAAGAGCAUUAAGCCAAGGUUAUGAGAUCAUUGGUAUCCUUGUCCGAGCAUGUUUGUUGUUGGAGGAAGCUAUCAAUAAAGAACAAGUUAAAAUGCAUGAUGUGGUUCGGGAGAUGGCUCUAUGGAUUGCAUCUGAUCUUGGGGAACAUAAAGAAAGAUGUAUUGUGCAAGUCGGUGUUGGAUUACGUGAGGUACCGAAAGUCAAGAACUGGAGUUCUGUGAGAAGGAUGUCGCUGAUGGAAAAUGAGAUUGAAAUUUUAUCUGGCAGUCCCGAAUGCCUGGAACUUACAACUCUGUUCCUUCAGAAAAAUGAUUCAUUGCUACAUAUCUCGGAUGAAUUCUUCCGGUGUAUCCCAAUGCUAGUUGUUUUGGAUCUAUCAGGGAAUUCAAGUCUCCGGAAAUUGCCUAACCAAAUAUCAAAGUUAGUCUCCUUGCGUUAUCUUGACUUGUCGUGGACAUACAUUAAGCGGCUACCUGUCGGUCUACAAGAGUUGAAAAAGCUCAGAUAUUUGAGAUUGGAUUACAUGAAGAGACUUAAGAGUAUUUCAGGGAUAUCAAAUAUAUCAAGUUUGAGGAAAUUGCAACUUUUACAGUCUAAAAUGUCGCUAGACAUGAGCUUAGUGGAGGAGUUGCAGCUAUUAGAACAUUUAGAAGUUCUAAACAUAAGUAUCAAGUCAAGCUUGGUAGUGGAGAAGUUGUUAAAUGCUCCCAGGUUGGUGAAAUGUCUUCAAAUCUUAGUACUUAGAGGAGUUCAGGAAGAAUCAUCCGGAGUAUUGACUUUGCCAGAUAUGGAUAAUCUCAAUAAAGUCAUCAUAAGGAAGUGUGGAAUGUGUGAGAUAAAGAUAGAGAGGAAAACUUUAUCAUUAUCAUCGAACAGAAGUCCCAAAACUCAAUUCCUCCAUAACCUCUCCACUGUGCAUAUAAGUAGCUGUGAUGGUCUGAAGGAUUUGACGUGGUUGUUGUUCGCUCCUAACCUCACUAGUCUCGAGGUUCUGGACUCGGAACUAGUAGAAGGAAUAAUAAACCAAGAGAAAGCUAUGACUAUGAGUGGUAUCAUUCCUUUCCAGAAACUAGAGAGUCUACGCCUACACAAUCUAGCGAUGUUGAGGAGCAUCUACUGGCAACCUCUGUCUUUUCCAUGUCUGAAGACAAUUCACAUAACGAAGUGUCCUGAGCUGAGAAAGCUUCCAUUGGAUUCUGAAAUUGCCAUAAGGGAUGAAGAACUUGUCAUUAAGUACCAAGAGGAAGAAUGGCUUGAAAGGGUUGAAUGGGACAACGAAGCCACAAGACUCCGUUUCUUACCUUUUUUCAAGUUCUUUGGACCUGAAUGGCAAGUUAGUUAUGUGCGGUAG